UUCGCGGUCGGUUAGUUUGUCCCUCGCUGGAAGCCGUCUGUCACUUGGCGGCAAAACCCGGAGCGGGAAUGGCGGAGAGUCCGGAGGAGAACCAGAAACAGAGGCUGAAGGCUGCUGUUCAUUACACAGUAGGAUGUUUGUGUCAAGAUGUUGCCGAUGAGAAGGAUAUUCAAUUCAGCAAACAAGCAGUUGCUGCAAUUUCAGAAAUCACGUUCCGACAAUUUGAAACAUUUGCUAAAGAUCUUGAAUUGUUUGCAAGGCACGCCAAGAGAACUACAAUCACUAUGGAUGAUGUGAAACUGCUGGCCAGACGGAGCCGUCCCCUGUAUGAGCACAUCUGUGAACGUAGCGAGGGUAUUGUCUCCACUAAUCACGAGCUAAAAGAGCGGAAGAAAUCGCUGGCUGUGGGGAGAGGACACAGGAGCUCCAGUGGGGCUCCAAAGGACCCAAGCAUGGACUGCCAAACCGCUAGAAAGAAGCUUCCUGAGCCCCAUAUGAACAAGAUGUUCCUUCCAAUGAGUUUCUUUCUCCUUCUCCUGGUGACUUCCCGCACACUCCAGGCCGCUGCGGUUACCCGGCAGGACAAGCUGACAGUCAGCGAAGGCAAGGACAUGUCAGAAGUCAGGAAGAAUGCUUUUCUGGCCGCCCUUUCUGCCAUAUUUGAUUGGACUUCAUCGCAGGAGGACGACAUACCUACUACAAAUCGAGAAGAAGUGGACAUGCAGUACAGGCCACAGAGGUCGACAUUUAUCCAUCCUUCUGGCAAGGAGAGGUCUACGUGCAAAAACUUCUUCUGGAAGACGUUCUCCACAUGUUGAGUGGGCUUUAAGACAUGGUGUUCCCAUAGAAAUAUUUACCCUGCUUUUCCAGACCCUAAAAGUGCAGUUAUACUUCAAAAACAUACAGCUUCCCGCUAGAUAAAUGAUAGCUGUAUAUUUCACAUACUGUUUCAGUUCAGUGUUUUAUUUUAGGAAGUGGAGAUUGCCGGGUGAAUCUCACUACUGGGGGGUCUUCCAAAAUGAAAGAAGUAAUUCAAUGAACACCUUACACGCCUGUAAAGGCUCCAAACAGCUAAAUUA